GAAGUGGAGGUGUUCACAUCUCGAUUAAAACUGUUCAAUGUUAAAACUUAGGUUAGGGGACUAUUUCUCAACUUGCAUGUUUUCCCAUUUUCUUAAAAGAAAAUUUAGUAGUAGUAAAAGUUUUAUGCAAUUAAGAACUAAAUCCGAAGGCAAUACCAAUACUAUCCAACAGUUCAGCUCCUAUAUACAUCGGCUCGCCCAUUUCCUAUACUUCAAAACUCUAUUUUCUUAGCCAAAAACAUCCAUGGCAGAAGACAAAAUCAAAACCAAUGAACCCCAAAAAGGAAUUGAAGGUUCCAUUUUACAGUGGGCCCCACAAGCAUGGGCCCACUUAGAAUUAGUCCGUUCAAAAUCACCAUUAAUCCAAUGCAUAACAAACUUCGUUUCAAUGGAUUUCAUGGCCAACACUUUAUUAUCCGCCGGCGCAUCGCCGGCAAUGAUUCAUUCAGUUGAUGAAAUUCCGGAAUUUACACCAAAAGCCCUCGGAGUUUGCAUAAAUAUGGGAACACUCACACCUGACUGGUUACCGGGUAUGAAGUUGGCUGCAGAAGUGGCUAACCAGUGUAAGAAGCCUUGGGUCCUUGAUCCUGUAGCUGCUGGUGGAACAAGUUUCCGGUUAAAGGCGUGUUUGGAGAUGAUGGAUUUAAGGCCUAGUGUUGUUAGAGGGAAUGGGUCUGAGAUUCUUGCUCUUUUUAAGGGUUCUGUUGACUCUAAUUCCAAGGGUGUGGAUAGUGUAUACGGUUCAGGAGAUGCUGUUGAAGCAGCAAAAUCCCUUGCUCAACAAAGUGGUAGUGUAGUUGCAGUUUCUGGAGCUGUUGACUUUAUCACAGACGGUGACAGGGUCGUCUGUGUGCAUAAUGGGGUGCCUAUGUUGCAAAAGAUUACUGCAUCUGGUUGUUCUGUCACUGCCCUCAUUGCUGCCUUUGUCGCGGUUGAUCCAUCAAAUGCUGUUGAAGCGACAGCUUCUGCAUUGGCUAUCUUUGGUGUCGCUAGUGAGAUAGGGAUGGACAUGGCUAGAGGUCCAGCUUCACUGCGGACAUCAUUGAUCGAUUCAUUAUAUGGACUUGACAAAGCUACUGCACUUGGCCGAGUAAGAAUCAGCUGCUUAUAAUGCUUAGAGGAGCAUUGAAUGUGUGCAUUGCCCGUUAGAGCAAAUGUGGACUUCGAUAGCAUCAAGUAUAUGUCUAAUAAUCAACUCAAUGUUAUUUUACUUGGUAGGUCUUUUACAUUCUUUAACCCUUAAUAAAAGCAUGGGUUUAGAAAAAGCAGACUGAAGAAUUUCUUUCUAUUCAUGUUGAAACCGGUUUUAGAAUAUUGUGGCUUGUAGCUUGGAAUCUUGCUUCUCUCACUUGUUUGUUGAUGAAUUCAUAAAAGAGAAAAUGAGACAUUCGUCGAGGGAGAAUUAUAGGGUCUAAGGAGAUUUUCAGUAGCUCAAUUUUCUUAAAGAUUCACAGAGAAACUUCAGUAAAUAAGAUGAGCAGUGAUCCUAAGCAGUGUCUCUGCACCAUUUGUGACAUGCUGACCAGCUGGUAUGAGUGAACAAGCUCUGCAAUGCCACAAGCAUUCUUAAACUUGCCAGUGCCUCCGGUAACUGAAAACUAGGAUAUGGUGCUUCCUAUCCUGUAUACACCAAAGAAGUUAAGGGUGUCGCCGUAUUCCCCUCCUUCCUAAGCUGGACUUGUGUUUUGCCAAGGAUUUGUGUGGCCAGCUCAGGGGAAGAGGUCAAGAUAUCAUCAAUAACAGUGAUUGUUCCAAAGCCAAGUCUUAAGCCAUCAGGAUUCAGGGCUUAGUUGGAUAGUCAGGCAGAGCCAGGAAUUUCAGUAAGGGAAUUCAAAACAUAAAGAAGUAAACAUACAAAGAAGUUAUUGGGAUUCAACAUCUACUAUAUAUACAUAAAAAUUAAUUUUGACUUGAUAUAUAUUGUGUAAUUUUUCUAUGAAGGGGUUUCUGGCUCCGCCCAUGGUCACAGUUUGGCCAUUCUUGUUUCCUCCGGCAAAUGAUGUGGCUGUGAAUCCUGUUCCUAGUGGAACAACGUUGAUGUUGACUGUUGGAAUGGCUACGCCAUCCUUUGGAGUCCGAAACCAAGAGGUCUUGCAAAGGGUGCUUGGCCGCUGUAGAUGCUGCUUCACAAGCCGAUGAUUGGCCUGGCUGUCGGGUUGUUGCCGCUGAGAGUAUCAUGCGUGUAUAAUUCCAGGAUUGUUUCAACAGGUCUAUGGAUCAACUGCUGCUAUAAAGGCUGCAAAGUUGAUGGCUGCAAAUGGAACUGCAAUAAGGGAGGGUGAUGAUUGCCUUGACAUUGAUAUUCUUUCUUCUUGUUGAUGUGUGUUAUUGAGUCUAAGUUGUUUCUUUGAUUGACAAUGCCAUGCACUUUUUAAAGAGAAGUGAUCAGAAAUGUAGAAAAAUGGAGUUGUGAGAUUAA